AUGGAUGACAUACUUGGAACUGUGGAUUUAGGUGUCUCAACUGACAGUGAAGCAAUGGAGCAGGAGCUAAGACUUGAAAGUGAGCAAGAACUUAAUCAAACCUUAAACGAGGAGAUGAGGAAGAAGGAAGAGAGAGAGCAACGACUCGCAGGGAAGAGAGUACGACAGGAUGAUGAAGAAAUAGUGGAAGAAGACGGAUUUGUUACAGUAAUUAAAGGGCAUAAGCGGUUGAAUAGAAAGGAUUUAAAUAAUGAUAAUUUAGUGGAGGAGGGUCAUCAAGAUUCUGAGGCGAAGAAAUAUAUUAUUAUAUGUAUGACAGGAAAAGAAGUAUUACCGAAGCAAUUUGGAAUGGCAAAGCUUUUACGGUCGUUAAACAUUGAAAAUAUAGUGAAGAUGAUAUACAAAAGUGCCUACAGAGUGUUGAUUCAUUUUGGAAACGAAGAAAGUGCAGUGAAACUACUAAAAAGUGAAAAGUUAUCCAGUUUAGGAUACCGAGCACAAAGGGCUGAUGAGACUACCUUUUGCUAUGGAAUACUGAGGCAGAUAGAUUUAGAGACCGAGGAACAAGAAAUUCUUGAAAAUCUUUCAUGUGAGCACGAAAUCAUUUCAAUAAAAAGACUCAGAAGAAUGUCUGAUAGUGGAGAAUGGAUCGAUUCAGAAAUGGUAAGAAUUUGUUUCAAAGGCAAGGGGAGUCAAGAAAUAUACACUAAAAGUGAGAGCAUUGAAAGGAAUAGGAACAUUAACGAUUCACAACUUGACAGCACACAGAAUACACAGAAAACAUCGUACAGAGAUAUAGUAAUAACAGAAACACUUAUUAAUAAUGAUUCGUCGACGUCAAAUAAGGUUAUCGAAGGGAAGAGUUCUGGACGUAAUCAUAUAGAAAAGGAGCGGGCGCUGGAGAGGAAGAAUACAGAGGCUGGAAGAUCGGAUGGGAAUAGGAAGACUAGAGAAAAGGGCAACGGUGAGUCAGAAGCAAGAUAA